UGGCCGGAUGUCAAGUUAUUCUCGAGCAAGUAGAGAUACGAGUCCAAUAAAAGAACAUCCCUUGACCUACAGACACUAUAUAUUGUGCAUGGCAAGCAGUGCAACAACCAAACCGGAGCUGUACAGAUCGUGACGCUGUAUAUGUAGAAGAUGAGUCCCCCCAAACAUGGAUACCAAUCGUACCUGGUGUCCAGAUCCGUCUAUUCGGAGACGAAUUUCCAGGAGGAAAAUGAAAAGAAUGAGGUUGUUCAGAAAACGUUCCGUGAACGAGUAAGAAAACACGUGAGAUGUACUCCAAGGUCCGCGCUUCUGGUGGUCAAAUCCAUCUUCCCUUUCUUGGAUUGGCUACCCAAAUAUCGAUGGAAAGAAUGGAUCGUACAUGAUAUCAUCUCUGGAGUGAGUACCGGCCUCGUUUCCACUUUGCAAGGACUGUCCUUCGCAUUGCUUGCCGCCGUUCCUGUUGGUUAUGGUCUAUAUUCUGCUUUUUUCCCUGUACUGACGUACGCUUUUAUGGGAACGUCUAGACACCUCUCAAUAGGGCCGUUUCCCGUGGUGUGUUUGAUGGUUGGCGUGGUCGCAACUUCCAUGGCCCCGGAUGAAAAUUUCCGCCUAAGUAACGAUACGGUCGUGAACGGUAGCACAACUACUGCUGAGAUAGACAUAGAAAGAAGGGAUCAAGCUAGAAUCUUGAUUUGUGGAACCCUGUGCUUCUUGACGGGCAUCAUCCAGCUUGGAUUAGGAAUACUGCAGAUCGGAUUCAUCGUCAGGUACCUAGGAGAGCCGCUAGUCGGGGGAUUCACCACGGCGGCCGCUUUCCAAGUUCUCGUGUCCCAAAUCAAACAAGUCCUCAACGUUCCCACGGGAAACUACAACGGGGUCUUCUCUAUAAUACUGACGAUUAUAGACAUCUUUGCCAACAUAGCUAAAACCAACAUUGCCGACCUCAUCGCCGGACUCCUGGCUUUCAUAGUAUGCGUCGUGGUAAAGGAAAUAAACGAAAAAUACAAACAAAAGCUCCGAGUGCCAAUUCCUAUAGAAAUUAUUGUGACAAUAGUAGCGACUGGAAUCUCCUAUGGAGCAAAGCUUGAAAAGAAAUAUAAAGCAGGAAUUGUAAAAACAAUUCCUAGCGGAUUCUUACCGCCCGUGCUGCCGGACGUGAGCAUGUUUCAGCAAAUGAUCGGCUCAGCCUUCUCCAUUGGAAUUGUUGCAUAUGCUGUUGCUGUAUCUGUGGCAAAAGUCUAUGGAACGAGGAAUAACUAUCCAGUAGAUGGUAAUCAGGAAUUUAUUGCUUACGGAGUCAGUAACAUGUUCAGCGGGAUUUUCUCUUGCUUUUGUGCAAGCACUGCAUUGUCGCGCACCGCCAUCCAGGAAGGCACCGGUGGGAAAACCCAGAUCGCUAGUCUGAUUUCGGCUGGAGUUGUGUUGAUUGCCAUUGUAGCGCUUGGCAGACUUCUAGAACCCCUUCAGAAGUCUGUCCUUGCAGCCAUUUGCAUCGCCAAUUUAAAGGGUAUGUUCUGGCAAGUCCGCGAUGUCCCCCGACUAUGGAGAGAGAAUAAGUGGGAUUCCGUAAUUUGGGUCGUCACGUGUAUCGCGGCCAUCAUACUGGGCCUGGAUUUGGGAUUGCUGGCCGGUUUAGUAUUUGGGCUACUGACUGUCGUCCUUCGUGUCCAGUUCCCGUCUUGUACCUCUCUCGCAAAUGUCCCCGACACAGAUCUCUAUAAGGAUGUAAAAAUAUACAAAAAUCUCAUCAUACCAGAAGGCGUUAAAAUCAUUCGAUUUUCCAGCGGCAUUUUUUACGGCAACAUCGAGGGCCUGAAAGGUGGCAUUAAGAAAAUAGUUGGAUUUGACACGGUCAGAGUCUUUAACAAAAGGGCCAAAGCCCUGCGGAAGAUACAUAAGCUGAUCAAGAAAGGGGAACUCAGUACAACAAAGAAUGGAAUCAUCACUAGUGACGGUAUUGAUAACAAGGGCUUUGAAUCGGAUGAUGACCUAGAGGCGCCACAUGCAGAAGAUAUGCCAGAAGUUGCUACAAAAGAAGUGGAAAUUCAAGUAGAUUGGAAUUCGGACCUGCCGGUUUUAGUGUCUGUGCCCAAAGUGAAUAUUCAUAGCGUUAUUUUUGAUUUUGGGCAGAUAACGUUCCUUGAUGUUGUGGCAGUGAAAAGCUUGAAACUGAUAUUUAAAGAAUUCAAGAGGAUUGAUGUUGACGCAUACAUCGCAGCAUGUGACGAUAUCAUAUUUAAAAAGUUGGAAGUUUGUUCUUUCUUUGACGAAACAAUUACGCCCGAUCUCUUUUUCCUGACGGUGCACGAUGCCGUGCUGUACGUUGAAAGCGAAAGGAAGUUUCGGAGUGGACAUGACCCUUUCCUGGAUAAGAUAUCGCUAAUGCAAGAAUCUAAGGGACAGCUGGAGUUUACGGAGAUGAGUCCGAUGUACAACGAGCUGGACCCACAAGAACAGGCUUUAAGAGCGCUGGCAUCAUAAACAAACAAACAAACAAACAAAAAAGAUCUUGGGGAGUACGAGGACUGUAGCUUUCUCACGCUUCGUCUCUGGAUCCAUGUGAUGGUCAUGUACUUUCUUCGUGCACCUAUAUAAAAGUGUAGCCAUAAUUCCAUUUUGCUUCUCUUUGGGGGAAGAGUUAAUUUUUACUGGUUGAAGAAUUGUGACUUCACAGCUAACCAACGACGCAUCAUGUGUGAUGUCAGAACGACAAUGACCAACGGUAUUUUCUUUAUUGUAGUAUUUACUAUAUGAUGGACUAAGUUGGAUGCAGGUUUAAACACGUAAAGUGUUCUUGGUAUGACGGCAAACAUUGGUAGUUGUGCUGAAAAGCAAAAGAAAUAUAAGUGUGAGUACUUUUUUCUAUUUUUUUAUUUUAUUGUGAAUAGUAAACUAUUUAAAUUCAUUUGGAAUAACAAGAUUGGUAGGGAGAUUGACUUGACUCACCCGCAUCAAAUCAGCUGAGUUCCUUAAAGGGGAACUCAUAAUUCGUAUCAAAUUAAAAAUACAUUUUUAUA